CUGCAUCUUGUAUUGACUCCGCCAACAUAAGCUUUAACCCAUUUCACUAGGCGCUUGUGGCUGUGCUAUUCACUGCGAACGACAUGGAACCAGAUGGGCUUGCAAACGAACUCGUCUGAAUUGCUUGUGAAGGAAAUACAAUGUCCAAUUUUAAGGACACAAACUCUACCCCAGACGGGUAUAGGGCUCUAAACAUGAGUGAAUUGCAGGAGCUUUUACAAGAUAAAGAAAAAAUGGACCAGAUCGUCCGACUCAAUGAGAAGUUUCAGGCGCUGCAGGUGGACAGAGAGAUCCUGCUGACCUCCAACCGGAGCUUGGCCGAGGAGAGCAUCGCCAGGCGACCCCGCCUCAACAACGGAAAACUCCAGCUGGCCGAGAAAUACAAGGAGCUGGCCAAUCUGGCAACCAACUGUUGGGAAAAACAGAGCCGGCUCGUGCCCCACACACAGAAGCACAGCCUCCAAACAGCACAAAAUCUUCUCCACGAAGAUGUGGCGCGUGCUGAGGAACAGUCUGAGGACCUCCUGGAGAAGUUCAUGGAGGGGAACGUGCCCUUGGAGGGGUUCCUGGACUCCUUCCAAAGCUCCAGGAAGAGCUACCACAUCCGCCGUGUUCAGGCAGAGAAAAUCCAGGAGCUCAGCCGAGUCAAAGAGAAUUCCAGCAAACCCAAAAAGCUAGAGGAGCGAGAGGACAAGGCGCGGGAGGUGAAGAGAGACGAGCACCCUGUAACUCAGCGGCCCAACGGCUUCGUGGCCCAGGGCCCGCCCCGGGUCUUCCAGCUCCGCUACGGCCUCACCCCCGCCAUCCUGCUGCCCCACUUCCCCCUGCCAACCACCUCGCCCUCUGCCCCGUCCCACGCCAGUCUACCUCCGCUGGACUCCCAGCCGGGCCAGACCCACAUCCUGAGCCCAAGUGCCCAGCUCUCGGGACAUGGGCACCCUGUGAACCUACGGGUCAUUGGACAAUUACCCGGUGGCUGGCCAACCAGACCGGUGCGGUUACAGCAGCUCUAUAGGCCCGCCACUCACCAGCCUGAGCCUCUAUACCGAUAGCUGAGGCAUGGGCCUUGGAGGUCUCUAGACAUGGAACCAAACAGCGGCUACCAGACUCAUGCACGCAAAGAUGGCCUUUGAAGACUUUGUGGAAUUGAUCUGACACAUACGUUCUCCAGCCAUGACACAAAAUGUAAACAUACCUAAAAAGGGAGAUAACCGGAAGCCAUUAAGCAUGGAGUAAGUGUAGUUGAAAGCAAGCAAGUGAAUGAAUGAAUGAAGGAGCAACAGGGUGUGGUUUUCAUUGUUGUUGUUUUUUCUUCUUUGAAUGUUACACUGUCAGGGCGUCACAGGGUUGUGAAGCACAGCAAUGAUAUGGAGUAGUGGAGUAGUGUCUCCAGUUUGUCAUAAAGGACCCCAUUGUCCAUUCCUCCGACUAAGAACUGCAAGGCUUCUAUGAAAUGGCCUGGUGUCGUUUUGCUGAUGAUCAAUAAAGUACAAAUCGUGGUGUUUAUUAUUAACCUAAAUCCCUGUUGUUACUUGUUUCAUAGUUCUGUCCAAGCAAUGCAGUCAUAUUUAUGCAAUUUUGGAAUCAUUUCCAAGCCAUUUUCCUGACGCGCAAACACAAGACAUCACAACACAAAGAUGAACAAAGAACACUGAAUAUGUGGCAGAGUGUUUAUGCAGCUUCCCCUUUCAAAUGCAUAUUUAGAGCAGAUGGUCUAAUAUUUAUUAUUUAUCUGGCCAGUAGAUAUAUACUGGCAACAUGACUGUUUGCUCAGGAUUUUCAAAUGUUUUAUUAUCACAUGGAUAAUGAUGAUGAUGAAUAUAUCGCUGAGAGUGGAUAUGGGGGAACAGUAACAUUGUUAUCUUUGGACCGGCUCCCAAAUAGGGCUACAUUUUCUAAAGGGUCACCAGGUUUCUCAGCUGAAGUUGAUUACCUUCACAAAUAAACCUCGAGGAGCGCACAACUCUGCGUUUGUUAUUUCACAAACAGUGUGUCGAAGCAUUCACAUCGGUGAAUGGUUUACUUAUUUAUGGAAAUCCUAUUUUAAAUGCCCAGCUUCAAAGGCUUUUGUUUACUCUGAUAAAUGAGAGGCUGUUUUUCUUUCAGGGCUUCCUGCCGGAAGCACGUACUGUUAUGAUUUAAUAUGAAACAAUUGCUAAACUCUUUAAUUUUCUUACUACCGGUCCAGCAUAGAAGUGCACUUUGGGGUAAAUAGGAUAAUUGGUCAUUAUAACGUCCUGGUUUUGCGCUUCAAAUCGAUGGGGUGCAAAAUUUUCAGCAAUAAAAUACAUUUCUCUCAA